AUGAGAAUGUUCUCGUUGUUCACGUUGGUGAAAUUUGAUAACGAUAUUUGCGACGGAUUGAAUGGGGACAAUGGCACAUGCAUUGCAGCAGCGGAAUGCGGACAGCGUGGAGGUAUCUUCAGCGGCGUUUGCGCAAAUGGUUAUGGAAUCUGUUGUAUAAUUACAGUAUCUUGCGACGAGAUGACUGCCGAUAACAAUACGCACUUUGUCAAUCCAAAUUAUCCGUCUAUCUUCGAUGGAAUGGAAUCAUGUCAAGUGACGAUAGUAAAAUCAGAUCCAGAUGUAUGCCAAUAUCGAUUAGAUUUCGUACAAUUCAAUAUCAGGGGACCGGAAACGACGAAUAAUAUAUGUAUUUACGACCAAUUCAUCGUUUCCGGUGGUAACCCGGUACCAACAAUUUGCGGUAAUAAUGAUGGAAAUCACAUGUACAUAGACACGGGAGUCGGACAAACCAAUCCAGUUACUUUAACCUUCGUUACGAGUGGUAAUUCUUUUUCACGAUCGUGGAAAGUUCGAAUCUCGCAGAUACGUUGCAGUACGAUAUAUCGAGCCGAAGAGGGAUGCCUUCAGUAUUUUACCGGAAUUUCCGGCCAGAUAAAAUCCUUCAAUUACGAUCCUAUGAUUGGGCUACAAUUGUCAAAUCAAGAUUACAGUAUAUGCAUCAGGAUGGAAAGGAACUUUUGUGGAAUCCAGUACAUGGCGUGUUCUGACGACGCUCAAGAGAUGAUGUCCACCACAAUAAGUACGACACAAAUGCGUAGCAAUUCAUUCACUCUGACGGGAAAUACACAAAUCACGCAAAUUAUGUCGAUGAUAGGAACGUCCUGUAUGACCGAUUGGUUGUCAAUACCAUGCGCCACAAAUCUUGAUCGAUUACCAUCGACAUCAAUGACAUGCGUCGAUCGAUUGUGUGGUGGUACCUUCAACUCGGAAACCCUGAACUUGAAUGGCUCGUCUGUUAUUAUUUCAGGCACCGUAAAGCCAUUCAGAUUAAUUUUUCAUACGGACAGCAUCGAGGGACCCAAUGAUGUUGGAAAUAGAGGCUUCUGUCUUAAUUAUGUGCAACAACCAUGCACGAAUAAAUUAAGAUAA